GAAGUGGAGCUGAGAAGAUCCGUUACCUCGCUGACGCCCUGACUUCAGCCAUCGCUGCCCCACCUUCAGACAUCGCCCCGAUGCUCCACCCAGACCCCAUCCACGCUGUGAUGGCCGACGUGGAGCUGGUGAAGCGUAUGUUGCGGGCGGUGCUGCAGACGCAGCGCGGGGGCCUGCAGGGGCCCAGGCUGCAGGCCCAGUACAAGGAGCUGACCGGGGAGCACAUCCCCCACAGGCUGAUGGGCCAGCCCAGCCUGGACGCCCUGCUGGCCAGCAUGCCCUCUGUGGUCCGCAUGGAGCGCAACCGCACCGGGGAGGUGAUGUACUUCGCCUCCGACGCCAACGAGACGGCCCAGGUUGCCAAGGUGAUGGCUCGCCAGCGGUCGUCCAAGAAGCCGGGCCGCCCCCUGGUGGUCGACUGCCAGAUGAGGGUGAAGCCUGCCGCGCCCCUCGUCCUCAACGCCAAGCCCAGGACCUCUCUCAGACAGCCAGACCACCGGGGCCGGGGCGGGGCCGGGGGGGGGGAGGGCCAGGGGGCCGGGCGCCAUGGAGACUUCAGACAGAUGAGGGACGCCCAACCCGAAGGCAAGGCCGGUCAGCAGAGCACCAAUCAGAACAAGCCUUCUAAUCAGAACACGCCCACCAGGAAGUCUUCUGGUUCCUCUGAGAGGUCAGACAAGAGGAUGACCCUGCCGUCGAGGUUCCACAAGGAAGUCCACGCUCACCUCUCCAGGAACUCCUCGCAGGGCAGCCCCCUCUCCAACCUCAACGAGAGCCCUGGUUCGGGGAAGGGCAGGCCUCACCCUCCCAGCGCCUACAACUCCCAGGAGGUCCAGGGGCGCAUCCAGGAAGUGCUGACCAAGUACAGCAAUGGCUUCUGGGUGUCGAAGUUGCCCCAGAUGUACAAAGAGCUGUACAAAGAGGACCUGCCCCAGGAGGCCCUGGGCGACCUGGAGAAGUGGCCGACCAUCUGCACGGUGGAGAAACCCUGUAGCAGCAACCCCUCAGAGCUCCUUCUCUACCCUGCCAAAGACCCUCCCUCCUCCCCUCCCGCUGUCUCCCCCCCCACCUCCUCCCCUCCCGCCGUCUCCCCCCGAGUCUCCCCCCCCACCUCCUCCCCCACAGACAAACACUCCCCCGCCCCUCGGCGACCCCCAGCCGGCAGCCCCCCUCCCCUGACCCCGCCCUCCUGCUCCCCCGGGCCUCCCGGCCCCCCCGCCUCCCUCUCCCCAGACCUGGAGCAGAAGCUGGGGGAGCUCCUGGUGAAGUACAGUAACGGGCUCUGGGCCCACGCCUUGCCCAAGCUCUUCCAGGACACCUACAAGACCACGCUGCCCGACCACGUCCUCCAGAACCUGGCUCUCCUCUCCCACUUCUGCUCCGUGGACUACCCCAUGCCCGACAACCCCAAGCGGGCCAUCCUGUACCGGCGAGCACGGGGAGGCAGCGGAGGCGGAGGAGGAGGAGAGGAGGAGAAGCGUAACUGCACGGGCGAGGAGGAGAGGAGGGAGGAGGUGGGGAGGAGGCUGAGUCACCAGGCAGCACCUCCUCUCCUCCUCCCCCGGGAGGAGUACCCCUCUGUGCUGGUGGUGGAGGCCAGCAGCACCAACGCAGUCAUCCUUCGCUACAUCGGUGAGGGUUACUCCCAGGCCCAGGAGACCCUGGAGGACGAGAUGAGGGAGUUCUAUCGCAAGGACAACCAGCGCCGACCUUUGACCUCCCCGGCCUCAGGUCAGCUGGCGGCCGUCAGGGCCGAGGAGGAGGACGAGAUCCUCCGAGCGCAGGUCACAGAGGUCAUGGCCGACAAGGUCAAGGUGUACUAUGUGGAUCAUGGCUUCUCGGAGGUUAUCAGCAAAGGAAAAGUGUUGGAGCUGCAUGACAAGUUUUUCCAGCUUCCCCUCCAAGCGACCAGGUGUAAACUGGCAGGUCUAGAGCCGUUCUGUCAGGAGCCCGCCGUUCUGAAGAAGUUCGACGCCAUGGCCAGCGGGAAGAUCCUAUUGGCUGAGAUCCUGGAGAGGGAGCAGACCCCAUUGGUGGUCCUGUACGACACGUCGCAGGAUGAUGACGUCAACAUCAACGCCACGUGCAUGAAAGCUCUGCAGGACAGGACUCUGGCCAGCCCCCUGCAGGUCAACAGUGCCUACAUGAAUGUGACAGUGAGUAGUGUGUGUUCAGAUGGAACCAUCUACUGUCAGCUGCGCUCCCGAGGCCUGGUUAAACUGACGGACACCCUGGACAGGGCGGAGGCCUACUUCCACUCCCAGGUGACCUCAGAGUUCCUGGUGGCGAGGCCCUUCUGUGGGAAGGCCUGCCUGGCCAGGUACAAGGGCAAAUGGUCUCGUGUGGAGAUCACUAACCUGCAUGGCAGCCGCGUGCUGGACAUCCUGUUUGUAGACCUGGGGGUGCAGGCGUCUGUGGAGGUGUUUGAGCUGAGGGAGAUCCCUCCUCCCUUCCUGAAAGACCUCGUCACCAUCCCCCCUCAGGCUGUGAAGUGCUGUCUGUCUGACCUGGUGGUGUCCGUGGGCUCCUGGACACCUGAAGCCGUGCAGUGGCUACGAGACGCCGUGCUCAACUCUACUGACUGCAGCAUGAAGAUCGCCAAGAUGGACGACAGCAAGCGUUGCGCCCAUGUCCACCUGUUCCCCGACAAGAACUUCCACGACCCCUCGCGCAGCCUCAACCACAAGCUGGCCACCUCCGACCUCUUCAAACACCACCGAGACGUCUUCCUCUCUAGCCACGCCCCCUCCCCCGCCGCCCCCCUGCACCCACCCACUACCUCCACACCCAGGACCACCACCACCAACGGCAGCAGCACCACCCAAUCCUCCACCUCCAAGCUCCGCAGGGCCCACUCCGGCUCGGGGCCCAACCCAAGCAGAGGCACCCCUCCCCGGCCACGAUCCCCUCCCCGGCUCCCUGCCCUGCUGGAGGUCCCCCAGGUGGGCCAGAACCUGGACAUCUAUGUGUCGGUGGCCUGCCACCCGGGCCACUUCGUGCUGCAGCCCUGGAGGGACAUGUACAAGCUGGUGAUCCUGAUGGGGGAGAUGAUCCUGUACUACAACAAGAUGGAGGAGACGCCCGUCAGAGUGGAGAAGAACCAGGUGUACGCGGCCAAGGUGGAGAACAACUGGCACCGUGUGCUGGUGAAGGGCGUGCUGACCAACGGGCUGGUGUCCGUGUACGAGCUGGACUACGGCAAGCACGAGCUGGUGGGCGUCGCCAAGCUACGCCCCCUCAUCAAGGAGUUCCGGCAACUUCCCUUCCAGGGCAUCACUGCUCAGCUCGCAGGGGUGAAGCAGAGGCAGUGGUCGGAGGCGGCCUCCAUCGUGUUCCGGAACCACGUGGAGAAGAAGCCCCUGGUGGCCCAGCUGGAGGUGGUGCAGGAAGCGGAGCAGCCCUGGGACAGGAAGCUGACCGUGUUCCUGGUCGACACCUCGCAGGAGGAGUGCGACGUCUGGGUCCACGACAUCAUGGCGGAGUUCGCCACCGAGCCGUAGGAGGGGAGGGGGCGGUUGCCGGGGGCUAUGUCACCGUGGGAGGAGGGGGGGGGGUCAGAAGGCGUUGCCGGGGGCGACCGGGAGGAGAGGAUGGACGCGGGAUGAGACUUGUGACGGUUGUGUUGUGCUUGAGUGAAGAUGUGAACUUACCUGCUGCACACUCGCGCGCUUUCGCAUGGUCAUGUGAUUGAAGCUAUGCAUUACCCUCGUGCUGGUAAGUUUGAAGCUUUGCGCACAUGACUUUUAAUUAGAUCAAGCUGUUGAAUCCAUCGAGGGUUGCUGUGAUUGAACCCUGGAGCGGACUACACAGAGGAAAGCUUUCUCUUGAUAAAGCUGUCGAAUACAUCUACCAUUAACCUCUGGUUUCAAAAGUGUGAUGCAAUCUUAAAUAAUGCACAGUAUAGGGUUAGGGUUAGUGGUCAGAGAAUGUGGUUUCAGGGCCUUGAAAGAGGCCUCAGAAAUUGGGCCGGUCUUAAAGUUUACUAAAGUUCAAAACAUUCCUUUUCUUGGAUGUUGAUGUGACAGAAGACAUGUUGUCUUUUCCACUCAUGUGACUUUUGGUUUCGAUUCUUAUUUAUUUUUUCCCAUUUUUGUGUCAAGACAAUAAGACGACUGCAGAUGCCUGCAUGAAAAGUAGCUGGAUUUUGUGAAUAACAUAGUUUGAUGCUAAUAUAUGCUUACUGUUAGUGUUGAAUGAAUAUUACACUCAAAUCUAAUUUGUUUUCAUGAAAGCGCUUGGCAAACUUUAGAGUGGAAUAGUGCUUUAUGGUGAGGAAGCCUAGCUUUGAUGCUAGUGAAACUCCAAACCCAGGACAGUGUUAUGUGGACUUCAGGAGCCUGGCUGCUCUAAUUAGCCGUUUCAUUCUUGAUCAUCUCUCUUUGGUUCAAAUAAACAUUGGAGGUUAAUAGAAUCAUGAAGAAAAAGGUUUUUGAAAUAAAGCUACAAGGAGA